AUGAAUUUACCGGGAGAUAUACAGGCAGAAGUGCUUGGAAUUGUUUACGAGUUCCUUUUAUCCAUUAAUAAACCGCUGGCGCAGAAGUUUCAAGCUAAGACACAAGCGAAAGCGAAUCCUGGUUUACCAUCACUGACAGAUAUAGUAGCUCAAUACAAGAAACUCAACAAAAACGACACUUCAGCAAAACAAAUAAAUAAAAAACAGGCUGAAAGCUCGGACGAUUCUAGUGAUGAAGAUGAACAGCCACAAAAGAAAACACCACAAGUUAAUGGAAAAACACCAUCCAAGACGACUGUUCCGCCUUCAAAAAAGAAAGAAGAGUCUUCGGAUGACUCCGACAGUGAAGAUAAUGCAACUCAGCAACCUAAAAAACAGCCUGUGAAGCCACAAGUUGCAAAUUCUAUACCAAAAGCUGUGAAAAAACAGGAAUCAUCUGAUGACAGCUCGGACUCUGAGGAUGAAAAACCUAAGCAAGCACAGAAGCCAGUACCUAAAAUAACUCCAGCCAAACAAACUCCUGUCCAAAAUAACAAAGCAGCAAAAAAAUCAUCUUCUGAAGAUAGUGAUGACAGUAGUGAAGAAGAACCGAAGGCUACACAAAAACAGCCUACUAAAGCCACAUCAGCAAAAGUCACUGCGGUUACACCUAAAGCAAAACCUAAACAGUCAUCUUCAGAUGAUAGUGAUGAUAGUGAAGAUGAGAAACCACAACAAAAACCACAAUCUAAAGCUCCUGUUAAAGCCACACCAGUUAAACCUGCUGCAAAACAAUCAUCGUCUGAUGACAGUGAUGAUUCUGAAGAUGAAAAGCCAAAAACAGCUCAAAAACAGACCCCAAAAGGUAAGCAGACUCCAGUCAAACCUACUCCCAAAAAGGAAUCAUCUGAUGAUAGUGACAGCAGUGAAGAUGAAAAACCUAAACCCAAUCAGAAACAAGUAGCAAAACCUGCUGCCACACCAGCAAAGGCUAAGGAAUCAUCAGAUGAUAGUAGCGAUGAUGAGCCUAAAAAAGCUCAAAAACCGACUGCAGCUAAACCUACUCAAACUGUAAAGGCAAAACAAGCCUCAUCAGAUAGUGAUGAUAGUAGUGAUGAGGAGCCACCAAAAGGUAAAAAACCAGUAGCAAAACCAACACCAGUUAAGAAACCUUCGAAGUCAUCAUCAUCUGAUGACAGCAGUGAAGAUGAUAAAAAAAAACCAGCUCCUAAACAGGCAGCUAAGGCAACACCUAAACCCAAGGCUAAGGAAUCUUCAUCAGAUGAUAGUGACAGUGAAGAUGAAAAGCCAAAACCAACACCAGCACCAGUAAAAGCAAAAAAGGAAUCAUCAGAUGAUAGCGAUGACAGUAGUGAUGAUGAUAAACCCAAGGCUGCCAAAGUGCCAAAACUCUCGGCUACUCCAGCAAAGUCACUUAAUACACCAGCUAAGAAGAAGGAUUCCGAUUCUUCUGACGACAGCGAUGAAGCUCCAUCUGCAACUAAGAUUGUCAAGAAAGCUCCAAAGGAAACUGAGGAGAAUACUCCACAAGGAGGAGGCAAGAAAAGGAAAGCGUCGGAAAUGGACGACGCAACACCUGCUAAAAAACCAUACAGCAACUUUGUAAAGGGCACUGGUGUAGUGUCAACACCCAAUGAAUCUGAAAAGGUUAAUAAACCGGUUCCAUUUAGAAGAGUUGUAUCAGAGAAAGUUGAAGUGGAUCCUAGACUUACGGACAAUUCAUUUGAAGCCAAGGAAGGGGAAAACGGCGAAGAAGAAAAUGGUGAAGAUGAAGCUGAUGGACAAUCAAAUGUAUGGCAGAAUAAGGGCAGAGGUGGAUUUAAUCGGGGUGGUUUUAAUGACAGAGGGGAUCGUGGAGGAAGGGGAGGUUUUAGGGGCCGUGGGGGAUUUAAUGAUAGAGGAGGCAGAGGAGGUCGUGGUGGUUUUGACCGUGGAGGCCGGGGAGGGCGUGGUGGUUUCGACCGCGGAGGCAGGGGAGGUAGGGGUGGGGACAGAGGCGGGUGGGGAGGCAGAGGAGGGGAUAGGGGAGGACGAGGAGGCAGGGGAGGUGAUAGGGGCGGCAGGGGAGGACGCGGUGAUAGGCACUCUUGGGGAGGUGGAGAUAGGGGGGGUUUCAACAAAAACUUCAAUGACAGAAAAAGCUUUGAUAGUGGAGAAAAACAAAACAAAAAAAUUAAAGGAGCGCGUGGCUCAUGGGGUGAGCGUGCAAGCAUGGAUUUGAAGCAUACACGCGGCAAGUCAUUCAAACAUGAAAAAACUAAGAAGAAAAGAGGGUCAUAUCGAGGUGGUGUUAUCGAUAUGGGGGUGCAUUCUAUUAAAUUUGAAGAUUAA